CCGGCGGGGCGGAGGCCGGGCGGGCGGCGAGGCCGUGCUCGGAGCAUGGCCGGCAGGGAGGCGGGCGGCGGCGUGGCGGGCAGGGCGGCCCAGAAGCUCUUCUCCCUGAGCGGGCUUUUUGCCGUCUACAAGCCCAAGGGGCCCACCUCGGCCGCCGUGCUCAACCUCCUGAAGGAGAGGCUACUGGCAGAAGCUGGUGUGCAAACGAAUGGUAACAAAAGAAAAAGUCAGGUCUUGAAAAUUGGACAUGGUGGAACUUUGGACAGUGCAGCGACAGGAGUUCUGGUGGUUGGCAUUGGAAAGGGAACAAAACUGCUGAAAACUAUGUUGGCUGGUUCCAAGAAGUACACUGCUAUUGGACUACUGGGCAAAGCUACUGAUACGUUGGAUGCUACAGGAAAAAUAACUGAAGAAAAACCUUACGACCAGGUAACAAAAAGAGAUCUUGAAAAUGUGCUGCGGAAGUUCACAGGGGACAUAAUGCAGGUUCCUCCGCUCUAUUCUGCUUUGAAGAAGGAUGGAGAAAGGCUAUCAACUCUGGUGAAGAGAGGAGAAGCAGUUGAAGCAAAGCCAGCUCGGCCAGUAAGAGUGUACAGCCUCUCUCUCCAACAGUUCCAGCCACCACUGUUCACACUGGAUGUUGAAUGCGGCGGUGGCUUUUAUGUCAGGAGCCUGGUCAGCGACAUUGGCAAAGAACUCUCUACCUGUGCCAGCAUGCAAGAGCUGACCCGAACCAAACACGGGCCAUUUACCCUAGAGGAGCAUGCACUUCAUGAAGACAAAUGGACAAUUGAUGAAAUUGCGCGAUCUUUAGAGCAUUGCAUGUCUCUUCUCCCAGGAGAACCAUCUCAUAAAAAAUUUAAGACAGAGCAUCCUGGAGAAACUGCUGUGAGCUGUGAAGAUAAGUGAUAAGUUAGGUCAAGGAAAAAGACUGAAUGAUUGAGACAUUUUAAGAUUGGAUUGGGAUUGUCUUGCCUUUUGUGUAAAUUUACAGGUCUGUAUUGGGACAAACUGCAGUGCAAGAAAAAUGGUUCUUUUGUUUUCUGGGGCUAGAACGUUCACUGAAAAUAUUCAGUGCUUGCUGUUUUCUGAUCUGUUUAUUUCCCUUGUAACAUGCUGUAAAUUGGUCUGCCACUGAUGUCAAGUCUUCAUAAACUUUUAAAGAACCUAUGGGGUGUAAUAUAGCGGUUGUUAAUAAUUCCUCAAUAAAAAAAAUGUAUGUCCUUAGGAUUUGCUAAA